GGUACCUACCUAACCUAAGGUACCUUAUAACCUUAACUCGACCAUGAUGACGAUUACGAACGGGGUUUGGACGAACGCGGGAGGGGGAAUAGGUGUGACGGGAGAUUCAACAACAACAUUAUUCUUUCUUCAUUUCUUACUACUUACUACCUACUCACUUGUACGCAUAUCCCUGGGUGUUACCGGAGUUCAGUUCUUACGGGGGAAAACGGGCCAUAGAACUAUUUUACCCCCAGGGCGGAAUCUUUUUCUAUCAUAUCCAGCAUGCUAUAACUUUUUUUUUUCCAUCAUUCACAAUUUCUUCUUCUUUUCUCUUCUUCUACUUUUAUUUUUAUCGUCUUAUUUUUCUUGUAUUACUAGUUAGCAUCAUGGAGAGGUUCAUUCCCAAAGCCUGUUUAAUAAGGCUGGGAAAAAAACAAACCAAGGCGUUCAGGGGACAAUUUCUGGGCAUAGUUAUGUCCUAGAAGAGGAAUACUUUUGGGGUUACUUCUUUUUGGUCCAUGGCCCUUUAGUUGCCUAGAACCCAGCAAAACAAUAAGAUACCAGUUUUUUUCGUGGCAAAUCGUAUCAUUAAUCCUGUCAUCGUUGGUGCACGUCAGCCUGUUUAGAAUCUUUUUUUUUUUCUUUUCUUCGGAAUCCUCAUCUAUUUUUACGCUGCCUGAUUUGAUUUUUAAACGAACGCAACCAAAAAAAAGCUUGUAAAGAGUUGACUCUGUCUAUCUUCCCUCUCUGUCUCAUUAUAAGACGCCGGCUGCUUAUUGGGUGACACAACAGGAACGAGAUGCGGACAAGACUCAGCCUAUCUUCCUGACCUGCAUUUGGUAGUAGAAGAACGAAGUAAUGAGCUAAGAUCUCGGUACGACCGUUACUACUCGAGUAUUAUUACGUGAUAUAUCAUUAAAAAAAAAUCAAAUACUAAAUACACUACUAAUAAAGUUUAGUCAGGCCAGCCUGGAUAGUAACAAAGAAGGGGAAAAAAAAAGACCAACAACCAGAAAACAGCAUUAUGUUAGGUAGUAUCG